AUGGAGCGCUAUGAUGGAGUACCCAGGUCGACAAAUCCGGCCCGGAACCGGCCGGUUCUACCGCGUUCCGGCUAUUUCAUGGAAGCAGGCUUCCACAUCGGAAGUCCUCGGGCAAUUUCCGAUAAAUUCCGAUCAGAUCCUGACAAAAAAGUUCGGAAAUAUUUGGAAACGAAUCCCGAAAUUUCCGUACAUUAUCCAAGACAUCGUAACCAGUACGUCGGGUUCUGGGAAUUUCCGGUGUCGGGAACCGGUCGUCCCAUGCGGAAUUUUAUGGAAAACGUUUGGAAUAUUUUGGAAAGUUACGGUGGACCAGUUUUUCUCGGAUUUUUUUUCAUGGACGGUUCCGAUGGGAGGUUACGGGAACCGAUGAGCGGUUACUGUCGGUUUUGGGCGAAUCCGGGUCCGGGUCAUUCCGGUCUGGAACACUGCUUCCACAUUCCUGCUGUUUUCCGAACGGAACCUUUGCGAUCUGGUGGGAACCGGACGGAUUGA